CACUUCUGGCGUUGAUGAGUGGGUAGCCAUAUGUGCCAGUGCUUCUGAGUUUUAGUGCUAGCUUCAUUAAUAAUGCCCGUUGUCGACAACGCGAUCCAGCCCAGCUGGGCUGACCGGGUCGAGCAAGGUGAAGACGUUCCGCUGCCUUCCCUACCUUCGCAAACGCAAGUGGAAGUCGCCGACGGCGAAGAGAAAGUCACCACAGAAUACCGCGUAGACGAAGAAGGCCGUAGGAUCAAGGUGCUUCGGCACUACAGGAUCGAAAGGAGGCAAGUUUCCAAGUCUGUGGCGCGCAGAAAGCUUUGGAAGAAGUUUGGAGAUGCGAAGAAUGACCCGCCGGGCCCCAAUGCGGCCACUACGGUGGUCGGCGAGGAAAUACAGAUGCAGUUUGUCAGUGCCCAGGAGGAAGAGACCAGCCCGGAGGAGGACAUGCUGGCCAAGCUGCGCAGUCAGAAGACCAAGAUGGUCAAAUGCCGAAUCUGCAAGGAAGACCAUUGGACCACGCAGUGCCCUUUCAAAGAUAAGGUUGCCCUACCCGAACAUCUGAAGGAGGAGGCUAAGCCCGUUGUGGCUGUCGAGGUUGAGGAGAAGGUGAAGUCUGGCAAGUACAUCCCGCCCAGCAUGCGAGAGGGUGCCAAUCGUCGCGGAGAAUCUAUGGCGCAGUCGCGCACUAGGGAUGAAGCGGCCACUAUUCGAGUGACCAACUUGUCCGAAGACGUGCGUGACUCUGACCUACAGGAGUUGUUCCGGCCUUUCGGCCAGAUUGCUAGAAUCUAUCUGGCUAAGGACAAGGUGACUGGACAGUCCAAGGGCUUCGCCUUCAUCAACUUCGUGCACCGUGAAGACGCUGCUCGUGCCAUUGCCAAUGUCAACGGCUUUGGUUAUGACAACCUGAUCCUCUCCGUGGAAUGGGCCAAACCAUCCGGUACUGCUUGAAGACACCAGAGCAGACUGAUAUAACGUCCACAGGGACAAUUGGUUAAAUGAAUAAAAACGAUUGUAACGUGAA